ACACUUUUCAUACAAUAUUUAUUUGCACCAACAUUGGAAGAUAUAUGUACAACUAUAUCUAUAAUUAUUUCUUUAUUGUAUUGUAUAUUUUGCACAUCAUGGAUGUACAAAAAAGUGAUCCAAUCUUUAGGUAAUGGGUGGAUGAUUGUAGAGCAGCCAGCUGAAGUUGUCGCUGAAAGAAUUGUAAACAAUAACAAAGGAAAACAUAUGAUAUUGACAUUGACGUGUUGGUGGUGUCUUCGUCGAUGUCUAGAAUUGUGCUAUUGUAGCAGUCGUAAUUGUUAUUGUUUUUCUUGUUGAUGCGAUAUGGAGGAGAACACGCGAAUAGAGAGGUUGGCGGAUGUGUUGAGGAAUCACGGUGAUCGAAUUCUGAACGGAACGAGCAAAAUGAUUUUGAGUGCGGAUCUGCUGCAGUUGCUGAACGAUUCUUUCGAUAUACUCAUCAACGACGACGGCGAUGAUGGUCCACAGACGAUGAUGAUGAAGAUGCACGGCUCGUCGUCGUUCAAUGUGUUGACGGGACCUGGAGGAAGAUCAGCCUCGUCCGAAACACUGGUCGCGGAUCGAAUGUUCCUGCACGACUUUGUGCAGUUUACGCGACGUCUGAAGGUAACAGCUGACGUCGCGGCGGAAGCAGAGGGAGGAGGACGACGUCAGUCGCUCGUCCAUCUCGACAGAUUCAAGGAUCUGCAGAUGCUCGAGCUGUGCAAGAUCGACGUCGUCGGUGUCGUCGUGGGAUUGAAGAGGUUACGCUGCAAGUUGCAGCAAUUGAAUUGUUCGAGGAGCAUUUGUGAGCUGUCCGACGUCCUGCAGAGAUGCGGCGCCGAUAACAUGAACAUCCCAGGGGCGAACUGGUUGAACCUGAAGGAAGCGAAUUUCAGUCACAACGGAUUACGUUCCAUCGAUGAGAGCAUAGCGUUAGCGCCUCAGCUGAGGGUACUCGAUCUGAGUCACAACGUAAUUCAGGAUGCGAAGCCCCUGAACUGUUUGGACAAUUUGAAGCAUCUCAAUCUGGGCUACAACAAGCUGACGGCUGUACCGUCGUUUGGUGGACAGCUGUGCAACAGGUUGCAGAUAUUAAUAUUGCGAAACAAUUUCAUCGAGGAUUUGAACGGGGUAUCGUCCUUGCUGAACCUCUCGGAGCUGGACCUGAGCGAGAACUGUUUGAUAGAGCACAAAUCGCUGGUGCCGUUGGCCAAUCUCGCGACGCUGCAAUGGCUCAACCUGUCUGGAAAUCCGCUGAGUUUCCAUCCCCAGCACCGCGCCAAGACUGCCAGCUGUCUCCAUUUGAAUACGGCGACGGUACGUUUCGUGUUCGACGGUAGAGGUCUUUCGAAGACAGAACGCAAGCUUGUAGGAUCGUUGCAUCCGCGUCGCAUCCCAACAUCGACUACGAUUCGAAAGACAGCGGUCGAUGGAGAACGCGACGGCAGCAGACCGCGAAAGACGGCAACGGCAAGGAACGCGACGAUCAUGCCCGGUGCGUCGGAGGGCAUGAUCGACGGAGAACACGAAGAGCAGCGUGAUAUCGUCGGAAACGAGAGCUUAGCCUCGGUUUCGUCGCUCGUCACGUCGUUCGAACAUCUGGAGACUAAGAAGCAGAUCGAGCAGCUGAGGGAGCAGUACGGCGAGAAGUGGCUGUACGAUCAAGCGGGCUCCCUCGUCCAGGACGUGCUCGGCAUGGACAAGUUGUCCUUUCCGAAAAUGUCGACGCCUUACGGCUCGGCCGACAUCCUUAUCAAGGCAGACCUGAUGCAUCCGCAGCGAGACGGUGGUCUCCUUUACGGCAGACAAUCGACUUCGGCACGGGCAGCAGAUAAAAGCAGCAACUGCAGCACAAAGAUAGAGACAUCCGCCGAGGUUUACGUUUCCGCUGAGGAGGGCAACCUGCUUUACGAAACGGCGACCGACGGUUACGCAGACGACGAAACGCAGAAUUUGGAAAAGGACGAAGAGAAUGACGAUGAUUAUCCAGAUGAUGACGACGAAGAGGAGGAUUUGGGUGAAGGCGAGGAGAGCCUUUAUUUGGUAACGAUCAAGGGGCAGAGCGAUCCGGUGUUCGUUAUCGUCACCAGCACGCACAUUAUCGAACGAGAAUCGGACAACGGCAAGGAGCGCGGAAGGUGGCAGUCGGAGACGGUGCUGCAUUGCGAACGACUCGGUGACGAUUGUCUGCAGGUGCACUUCGACACGUACAAGAGUGACGGGAAGCAGAGGCAGUACAUUUUCGAGGACUUAGAGGAACUUCAACGGUUGCAGGACACAUUGAAUACGAUCAUCGAGAAUAAACCGCCCGAGGAGCUCAAUCUCUACAAAUGCAUGAACUGCAAUAAUCAAUUCGGCGUGAAUAAAACCCUGGACACGUACAACGACAAGAAGAUGGCUUGCCCGCUUUGCCGAAGCACUCUCGUCUUCGAGGACGAACCUUCCUCCAACUAACUUUACUACCAAUCAUUAUUAUUUCUUAUAUUUUAAUUAUUUUCUUUCUCUCUCUGACAUACACACAUAAGUAUGUAAACUAUA